GUUUAGAAUCGCGACGAACUUCUGGGUGACGGUUGUGGCGUAACGUUGCUGUUGAAGCUUUAACGAUAAUAUCGAUACUGGAACAGUUUCUUACGAAUUGCUGAUUUAUAUAUCGGCAUAAAUUCUGCUAAACCAAAAUGUCCCAAGUUAGGGAUGUUAUCGAACAAAAUGGACCUAACCAAAUCGUCCGUAUUCGCAGGGACAGCGAAACUAACUUGGACGACUUGUUUAAAGCUGUGUUACAGCCAAAAGACAGUCAGGUUCAAUUAAGUCGAAGGACUGUUCCGAUGAGACUUAGAAAUUUGCCACCGUCAUUUUUCCAACAACCAGAAACAAAAUCUGCAUCUCACAGCCGAGAAUCUAGUUCUGAUACAACAUUUUCUCCGUGUGUGAGUCCAGUCCCAGGUGCCUCACCCUCUCCCCAAGGUGCUCAACAUUCAAGUAAUAAUAUACUUCAAGUGCAUCAUCCUCGAGCAAAUUCAUCGCCUGCAACCCUUGAACAAACGUAUAACCAAAAUACUGGGCAGCAGCAUCAACACUUUAGACAACACAGUUACGACAAUAUUAUUGAUGACGUACCUUUGCCGUCAGGCUGGGAGAUGGCAAGAACACCUUCGGGUCAGCGAUAUUUUCUCAAGUAA